AGUACCGGGGAACGAACAGGAAAGUACAUCGUCAUAAUUCUACGAGGCGCCAAACGAACAAAACAGUCGCAUUCGGUACGCCUCACAUUUUCUUUGGUAAGAAACUCAACUGCUAAGGUAAGUAACUGAGUCAGCAACCAACUAAAAAAAGGGAAGUUACCAUGUCAGAGCCUUUCGAAGAGCUAUCAAGUGAAUCGUUCUCAAACUUGAGCGACACUACGCGACAGAAAGUUGAAGAUAUUUUGCUAGCCAGUGAAGACGAGUUGCACAAGGCAGCCGAAGCGGAGAUGAACGAACGCUUGAACGCGCUCGCAAAAAAGACUGUGGGCAUUGCAAACGAUAUCGAGCGCUGCACUAAAGAGUAUGGAACAACAGCUUCUGCAAACGUAUUGCUAGGUGACGAGGAGGACAGUGACAUGGAAGAGAGCUACGUAGAUGCGAGUAAACCAAUAGCCAGAGAGGACAUAAUACAAGCGCGUUCUGUUUCUGGUAGGCUAAAGCGGGUAUUACAUUUUUGCCAGGGAGAUCAUUUGGAAAUGGCUGAAGCUAAAGUGAAGCUAAGGCCUGUGUUGGAAGGAGACAUUGACGAUUAUGAACAAAGCUAUCAGGAUGUCACAAGAGAUAAAACAUUAACUGCAGUUCAUGGUUUAGCAGAAACAGCAUCAGAGACUAUUUCUGAAAUUAAGAGAAUUGGUCAAGAGGAAGAGGCUUCUGUCGUUCUCAUCACCGAAAUAUUAAACAAAGUUGGGAAAGCAUUUACCACAUGUUGCCAUACUCUUCAGGUGGACAUGCAAAGCAAAAAAGAAGCAGAAAAAGCGCUUGAACAAUUUCGAAAGGAUUCUAUGAGUCGACUUGAGAAGUUGAGGCAUUACGAUAUGCCUGCAGCAGCACAAUUAUUGGAGGAAGCUUUUAGACACUUAUCUGUAUCUCAAACUUGUGCUGCUUCUGAGCUGUCAGAUGUUGAUCGUCAAGUAAUGCAAGUUGAAGAAAGCAACAGACUCACGUUCUUUGACUCUCUAAAACGAGAGGUGAGAGAAACCAUCAGGGACGAGUUGAGAGAGCUUAAAGUGAUGCGAGACCGUUGUGUACAAGACAUCACCUUGGCUGAUCAAGAACAACAGGAACUGAGAGUGAUACAUGGCAAAUGCACUGAUGCGUAUCGAAAGACUGUGGCAACAUAUGAAAAUGAGAUAAAAGAGAACCAAAGACAGCAGGAGAAGCUAUUGCAAGAGCUACGGAAAUUGGAAGAGACGGCAAAUAGGCUGACAGAAGCAAGGGACAAAGAAAAGCAGAUGCAUCAAAUGGCGAUGACAGCCACUGUUUCUGCUGCAGAGGAAAUUGAGAAGGAAGUCGAGAAAGUACAAAGUUUAGAGAAGCGCGCUAGUUCUUCUAUAGUCAUAAUGAAAAAGACAGAAGAAUUAAGUGACUUGAUAUUUGACACGGUCAUACAGAAGGAGCAUAACUUACAAGAGACGUUGGGUGAGAGACUUUCCACAGCACGACGCAUCUACAGAAAAGCACUCCUAGAAUCGGCCGUUGCGCACAAAAUUGAAAUAAAAGACCACAACAUCAACAUCACCCACAUAAAGGACCAGGUUAAACAGCUAUCGUCUGAGAGACGACAGAGAGCCCAAACUGCACUGAGUGCAAGGGUACGUCAAAUUCAAACGCAACUCGAAGAGCUGGAAAAGGAGAUGAAAACGGAGAGGUCUGAACGAGAUAGGAACUUGCAAGAGCUUACAGUGUUGGAGAUGCAGAUUAAAGAACUGGAUAAACAAUACACAGAUGAAGAUCAGCUGGAAAGUGUUGAAACACUGUAUAAGAAAAGAGUUGCAGAGAUCCAGGAAUUCUGGGAGAUGCAUGCUGACAGCACAACUGUAGACUCCAUUAGACUAGAUGAUCAGUGACUUUCAAAUCAUCCCAAGAACCCAAUUAUUACUCUACUAUCAUUUAUUAUCACAUAAUGAUUAUCAACUGUGCUCUCUAGUUGACUUUUUUUUAUCAUCUAUGACGUCUACAGUCUAUUAGUUUGUUAAUGGCAUCCUUACCUAUAGUUAUCUCUUUGCACAAGAGUUCAAUAAGUAUGACUAGAUGUGUUGAGUUUCUGUCA